UGUAUACCAGUCUUCCUGAAAGAACUUACGCUGAGCUUCAUUAGUUUCAUAGCGCUUCAAGUGGGUGUUGAUAUGGGAAAAGGACACUUCCUGGACACAAAUAGCAUGUGAAUGUUACUAGCUCUGCACGCAGCUUCACUCAGAGACAACAUGGCUUCCAGAUCAGAGGAAGAUCUCUGCUGUCCGGUCUGUCAGGAAGUCUUUAGAGAUCCUGUUAUUCUGUCCUGUAGCCACAGCUUCUGUAAAGCCUGUCUGCAGACCUGGUGGAGAGAGAAACCAACACGAGAGUGUCCAGUCUGUAACAGAAGAUCUUCAAGAGGAGAACCUCCCUGUAACCUGGCUUUAAAGAACCUGAGUGAGACCUUCUUACAGGAGAGAGAUCCAAGACCUCCAGAGGCUCUCUGCAGUCUGCACUCUGAGAAACUCCGACUCUUCUGUCUGGACCAUCAGCAGCCAGUGUGUCUCGUCUGCAGAGAUUCAGAGAAACACAGCGACCACAGAUUCAGACCCAUGGAUGAAGCUGCUCAGGAUCUCAAAGAGGAGCUCCAGAAAUCUCUGCAGCCCUUCAAGAAGAAACUGAAGCUCUUUGAUGAAGUUAAAGUGAAAUUUGAUCAAACAGCAGGACACAUGAAGGUCCAGGCUCAACGCACAGAGAUGCAGAUUAAGGAGCAGUUUAAGAAGCUUCACCAAUUUCUAGAAGAGGAAGAGGAGGCCAGGAUGGCUGCACUGAGGGAGGAAGAUGAGCAGAAGAGGAGGAUGAUGGAGGAGAAGAUGGAGGCUGUGAGCAGAGAGAUAGCAGCUCUUUCACACACAGUCAGAGCCACAGAGAAGGAGCUGAGAGCUGAAGACGUCUCCUUCCUGCUCAACUACAAGGCUGCAGUGGAGAGGCUGCAGCGCCCCCUGCUGGAGGUUCCACAGCUGCCCUCGGGAGCUCUGAUAGACCAGGCCAAACACCUGGGCAACCUCAGCUUCAACAUCUGGAGCAAGAUGAAGGACAUGGUAUCCUACUCUCCUCUCAUCCUGGACCCAAACACUGCUCAUCCAUUCCUCAUCCUGUCUGAAGAUCUGACCGGAGUGAGGGAAGGAGGAGAGAGACAGGAACUUUCGGAUAACCCAGAGAGGUUUGAUGAUUACGCCUCUGUCCUGGGAUCUGAGGGCUUUAACUCAGGGACUCACAGCUGGGAUGUCCAGGUUACUGACAGUACAGACUGUUCACUGGGUGUGUUAGCAGAGUCUGUCCAGAGGAAGGGAGUCCUAAAGUCUGGAUCAUGGGUAAUAGGGUUCUAUAAAGGUAAAUACUUAGCAUGGUCACCACCAGAUCCACCCACUCCUCUCAGCCUGCAGAAGAAGUUCCAGAGGGUCAGAGUGGAUCUGGACUGGAACAGAGGAGAGUUGUCGUUUUCUGAUCUUGACACUAACGCACACAUACACACCUUCACACACACCUUCACUGAGAGGAUGUUUCCAUACAUUAACUCUGGGUGUGAGGCGAAGAUAUUACCACUGAAGGUGUGUGUGACCAAACAACAGAACUGAUGGUCUUUAGACUGAAGCUGGUGAUUAGUUACGAAAAAGACACACGGCUAAUGACAACAAAGAUAUAAUUAACCUUCAACUAUAACGAAAAUGCAAAUUUGUAUAUAUCUAUAAAUAGAAAGCAACAACAUGCAAUGUCAGCGAUGUCUAUUAAGAUAUCAAAAAUGUAAGAAUUGUAAACAGGAAUGCAAACGUGCUGGAGUAAAAAUGUAAUGGUUAAUUUCAGUUUUACAUGUGAACAUUUUUGAGAUCUGACCAAAAGUAAAAAUGAUGAGAUUUCAGUCAGAAUUCUGAGAAACAAAAAAGUCAGUUCUGAAAUUUAAAGUCAGACUUCUGAGAUUUAAGUGAGAACUUGGAGAAAAAAAGUAAAUGUUCUGAGAUGCCGCUGCAAACAGCUGUCAUCUGAUUGGUUGCGCGUCGUAAUUUCAGCGUUAAACGAGGUCAGAGUUCAAAUCAUUUUAACUGAGCAAAGUGCUCCGCCGCAAUCUUGAGCGAUGCGCGUCGUUGAGGUUAGUGCUUCAGAAACACAACGUCAGCACAGAGUGUUUGUUUGUAAUCUGUGAAUGCAGCUUGAAGAUAUAAACUUGUAAAACGCCAAUUGGUUGGAUUUACUUUUAAAGUAAAGUGUCUACCUACAUGUGUCUACCUACAUGUAUCAAUCAUCUAGCCUGACACAUAUUGAAUGUUUGCAAAUGUAAAAUAAGAAAUGAAUUAAAAUGAACAUGUAUAUACA